AGCGUGUGGCAAAUCCUCACGGAAGAGUGUCCCAAACUUCAUUACAGUCUCCAACAAUAAUAUGGACAGACUUAAAUGGGAACAUGCAUAUCCAGCUCUGCUUCGUUUAUGGCACAGAAGAUGUCACACCUGUUUCUAAAAUGACAGCUCGUUAGUCCUUUCCAUAAAUGAAAUCAACAUGGGAAAACUUCAAUCAAAACCUGCAUGUAAACGGAGAGAAAAUCCAGAGGGAGAUGUUUUCAAGGAGGCUGGCUGUAUUGGUGAAGUGGACAGAAACAAACAAGAUCUGAGUGGUAGAGAUCCAAAAGAAGAUCAGUUGUCACAGCAGUACUGCUCGCUGCAGGUAACACUGCCACCAGAGAGAGUAGUGGAGACUCCCAAAUCUUCACUUUCUUCUUCUGAAAAUGAAAGACAGCAUCCACUCAAAGAUUCACUCAGGAGAAAUGGGAAAAAUGAUGACAAGGAGUGUAAUGUGUCUGUCAUCGAUGAAAAUCGUCAAGAAUGGAUGAUUACAUUGUAUGAUUUGGACAGCAAUGGGAAAAUAACCAGAGAGAAUAUGUUGAGCCUGAUGCAGACGAUCUGUGAGAUGGUCGAGGCCUCAGUCAAACAGCUGGUGCUUAGCAAUGGCACAACCUUGCGUGUGAAGCUGAGUGUCACUCCAUUAACCAGCAGAAAAGGCAAUAGAAAAGAUCGGGAUGCUGGGAUGUCUCUGAAUGAGCGGGAUCAAAUGGAGGACGCAUUACGGUGUGCAGAGAGCCCUCAUUCUCAAAUCAGACAACUGAACUCGGAUCAGUUGGGUGUUUCGGAGAAGAAGCACUACGCUGUAGAUGAAAACACAGAACGUAGGAACCACUAUCUGGAUCUGGCUGGAAUUGAGAACUACACUUCUCGAUUUGAAGUUCCAGAAACAUGUGCUGAGGAGCAGCCUCAGGACAGCUCUUCCCAUAACCAUCAUCGUCGUUCUCAACCCGAGACCUGCAGCCCUGUGGAGCCAUCUGGGAAGUCUAUACCUUUCCUCAGGUCACUCCGCAACCGCAGCAAGUCUGUGGGUUAUAGUGGAGCCACAACCAAACCCAGCAAGCUCCAUGGGCAUCACCCUAUGACUUGGUGCCAUCCAUCCCAACAGCAGCAACAGCAACCUCUGCUGCACAGCUCCAGCAAACGCAUCCGUGCCCGAGCCCGUGAGACUGCUUCACCUUCCAGAAGUAACCAUGAUAGAGAAGUACAGCCCGGGCCAGCUGUUCCUCCUGGGGGUUUAAUGCCCGUUCCUCAAAGACACGAACACCAUCAUCACCAUGAGCACCACCAUCACCACCAUCAUCACCAUUACCACCCUGCGUAAGAGUUCUGGAAAACUCCUGAAUGACUGACUGAAUAGCGAACUCUCAUAAGCAGUGUUAUUUUUUUCUGCAAAAACAAACAGGUUGUUCAUCUGCCAAACACACAAAGUUGGAUUAUUUCUGCAAUAAUAGGGGCCGAACCACUCUUUUUGAUGAUAUGAGAACUGCAUCUGCACAAAAAUAUAAUCUUAGUCAAUAGAAUGAGCCUGCAUUCAUUAUAUUGGGUGUGCAGCUCCACCAUGUGGUUAUAAACGGAACAGUUUAAUCUGUAGAUAAUAGUGCAUUUGACAGACUUCCUUUUUGGUUUGGAAAAUCUAUCAUGUUAGUAUAUACUUCCAAAAACAAUGAUUGUAAUAUUUGCGUUUGUGAGGUGCAACACACUUUUCCCUCAGGAAUGUGCUUGCUAGACAAUGUAGAUAUGACCACUCCUAAUGUAUGUUAAAUAUAUCACUAUUCCCAUUAAUGUAGAUUUAAGUUAGCUUGCUUAUAUUCAUAGGCUGCAGUCAGUGUUUUUUUUAAACCAAAGGUAGUCUUUACAAUCAUAUUGCAUGUUUAUGUUCUAAAUAGGGCUGCUAAUAUUAUUUUAGGAAAAAAUGACGUUUUAUUGCUGACA